CGCGCCCGCCCGCGCUCGCCCGCCGCCGCGCACGGGCGCGCGCGCCGCGCGCCGCGCCGAGGGGCCAUGGGCCGGGCUGGCGGCGACGAGCCGCUGGAGGCCCCGAACAUGGGCGCCCUGUUCGGCGGCAUGGCGCCCGCGGAUCCGGAGGAGGCCAGCGGCAAAGGGCCGGCGGCGUUCCGCUCCGGCUGCGGCAGCGGCGCCCCCGCGGCGGAGAGGUCUCGGCUUUCACGGUGUGCCGCCUCGGAGCCAUCGAUUCAUUCUGCAUGCACAACGUCAUUCUGCGGCUUUGGUCCUGCUGCUGGAUCGCGUGUCUCCAGGGCGUCGCCUGCGCCGCCGCCCUCGGCGCCCGAGGCGCCCGGAGGCAGAGGUGCUCUUGGCGCGGCUGGCGCGUCCAGCGUCUCCAGCUCGGCGCCCGCGGUGCCGGCGGCCAGCGUGCUGCGACAGGCCCACUACCAGCCCUACGCGACGAUGCCAGCGCCCUGGGGCCAGCUCCCUCGUUACAACGGCUACGCUACAAGUCGCGCGUCCUCCGAUGGCAACGACAAGCUCCUCAAGCCGCCGCUUCUGGAGCGCAGCGUGGAGUUCAAGCGAGGUCUCUGCAAGUUGGACCCGCGGGGCGCGAGCCCCUGCAUGCUGCAAGUCUGCAGGGCGUCUCCGCCGCGCGCUUUGUGGCUCUUGGAGGGAUGGGGGGCGGUGGAGUGGGGUUGCGGGUGCGCUUAAACAAGGGAGUGAGGAGUGAGGACGUGUGAAUAUCAUCGCCAGGGCCCUGGCAUCUCUCAGAUUUGAUGUCAUGGCCACCUCUUCUUCUUUCAACUCGCCCCCUGACUCCUGCUCGUCUGCAUGCUUCAGGAAAUGGUGCGCCUCCCUCCCCCCUGCUUGACUUCCUUUUCCGGCGGCGCCCGAAGAGGGGCAGGCAAGUUCUGCGAGCACUUGCCAAC